UUUACGAGCAGCAAUUCUGAACUAAGUAUCGUUACCACGCUGAUUGCUGAUGGAAGGACUGCGCAGUUGGUGACCAAAUCAAUGCAUGGAUACGGUUCUUCACCGAACGUGGUGUUAUUGUGGCUAUGCUGGGGAGGAAACGUCCCAUGCAUUCGUUCGCUGGCUGCGGUCAUCCUGCUCCAGGGCCGGUCACAUCGUGGCAACGAUCUGCAUCGUCGGACGAUCUACAGUACAUCAAGACACCUCGUGUCCCAUGUAAGUUUUCGUGCCCCGCAUCUGCGCUGCUCGCGAUGCAGUGGUGACAGACAUCAUCAAAUCCGGUUCGCGCGGCAAUACCAGCAUGAUGGUCAAGAAAUACGUGUGGAAGGUCCAGAAUAUUCCCGCUGGUAUCCAACGAGAUGGCCUUCUCGCACUGUUCAAGGAUCCUGAAAGAUUACGUGUGAAAUCAAUUUGCCCGGAUUUCGAUCGACCAAAGUGUUCGAUCGCCACCGUCGAAUAUGAUCCAUGGCCGGAGCAUCCAACGGCCAGUCCUGCCUUGCGUGAGACCGGACAUGAUAUGCCUCACAUUGAUCGCGAUUUCUGGGGUUUCACUCCGAUCUAUCAUCCAGAAUCAGGAGAUUACGAUUCAGACAUAAUCGCCAUCACCGGACUUGCCGGACAUGCCAUAGGGUCAUGGACUAUGCCCAAUGGAAGGAUGUGGUUACGUGAUGUCCUGCCGGACGAUGUACCAAACGCUCGCAUCCUCACGUAUGGCUACGAUUCUCGCUUAGCAGACUCAAUCCGUCCCUUUUCCACGGUGCAGGACUUGGCGGAGGAAUUUUUGGUCAAUUUGGUCUACAUGCGCGAGAUGACCGAACAGGUAUUUAUCUUGAAGGGAUAUGCCAGCACCGCCAAGUCUCGACACUGAUGAAAGAUAGGGCGAACGACGGCGAGUUGGAGUCAUGCUCGUUAGUCAUGAUCGCUCGGCUAAUUUUUGCACAGUCCCAUCAUUCUGAUCGGACAUAGUCUAGGAUGCUUGCUCAUUAAGAAGGCCAUGAUAGGAUCGAGAUAUCUGCGGUAAGAGAUCUCUGGACAAUGAUGGUUACUCUACCGCACAUCUGGCCGUUGACAUCCAAAGCAGCGAGAGACAUCGCCUGCCUAUCUGCUUACUUAUAUUCCUGUCGGCGCCACACAGAGGCAUGAAUAACGAG